AUGAGGCUGCGGCAAGCCCAAGCGAAGGAGCAGUUCAUCAUCUCAAGCCAGAGACGCAUGCACCGGAAUGAGGGCUGUCCCGCAGUUGAGGCCUACGGCAAAAGAGUGCUUGGCGCUGCUGGAGCCACAUUAUCGGAACUAUUUACAGAAAGAUUGUUCUUUAUCACAGGACUACAGACCUUGGAUAAAAAAACGGCACUGGCGGCUGCAACAGGGGCUGAGUACGCAACAGCGAUCCAAUACUCUGCAAGAGGAAUCCUGUUAGCAAACGAGGAGGGGAGACACGCACGUUCCUCGCUGGUUUACUGCCCUGCAACGCUGGUACCAAGAGCUGUACCGAGCAAGGGAUUCCAGAGCAAGGUGGGAGAGGGAGGGUUUGGGACUGUGUUCAAGGGGAUGCUGCCCAGCAGAGAGAUUGUGGCGGUCAAGAGGAUUGGCGGUGGAUCGCGGCAGGGGGACAAGCAACUUAAGGCGGAGGUGAUGUGGAUUGGCAGCAUCCAUCACCUCAAUCUCGUAAAGCUGGUUGGAUUUUGCCUGCAGUCUCCCCCCAACGUACUUGUCUACGCCAAUGGCUUGCUGGAUGGAUGGAUUUUUGCCAAGGACAAGUAUCUGCCCUGGGCAACCAGGCUAUCCAUCGUGCUCAACGUCACUCGAAGGCUUGCAUAUCUCCACGAUGGAUGCCACAAGAAGGUACUCCAUCUAGACAUCAAGCCCCAGAACAUCCUCCUGGACGAGAAGAUGAAUGCCAAAAUUGCCGACUUUGGAUUCUCCAAGCUCAUUGACAAGGACAAAACUCAUGUCGUGACAGUCAUGUGGGGCACAGUGGGAUACAUGGCUCCCAAGUGGCUCCACUCUCGUGUCACGGACAAGACGGACGUCUAUAGCUUUGGGAUCGUCCUCCUGGAGCUCAUGUCCUGCAUGAAGGCCGUGGAGUAUCCCUCGGACUCACAGAUGCACGUUGGGUUCCUCGCCCAGACUGCUUUCAACAAGCUCGACAGUGGAAACGCCAUGCACUUGGUGGAUGAUCGGCUGGUCAAAGCCGAGGACGGUGGUGGUUUAUUGAGUGGCUUCGAGAACAUCAUCCGGAUCGGGCUAUGGUGUGCACAGGAGGAUCCUUUGCAGCGACCAACGAUGUCUGUGGUGGUGAAGAUGCUCGAGGGUGCCAUGGAUGUGUUGGCGUUCCCUCAGCUGGAGAGACCCGCUGCACAGGAUUCAUCACUCCUGGUGAGCAGCAGCGAGAGCUCGGGAUUGCAAAUCUCCAUCUCGGUCUCUGACUUGGCUCGCUAA